AUGAUUGACCUUAAUAAAAGGGCGGAGGAGAGUAAGGCUCCACAAGUGGAGGUAAUUGAACUCCGGACUAAUGUGUAUGGUGAUCCGACAUAUCUUGUCGAAUCAUCUAGUGGGGAUUUACUUUUUGUACAAAGGUCUUACAAAGUUGGAGAUGAUUCACAACAUGCAACAUCAGGGUUUGAGGUUUUCAAGUUGCUCUUAGAGCAAUUUGAGCAGGGUUCACCUAUGCAGCUUAGAGGGAAGAGCCUGAAGAACUUGGGUGGAGACACUCUGUUUUUGGGAGAUAACCAUUCAAUUUGUGUUUCAGCUCCCAAAUGGUCCAGAUGCCAACCGAAUUCCAUAUACUACACCGAUGAUAAUAUUGACAUUCUAUUCUAUCCCCUAUUGGGGCGCCGCGACAUUGGUAUCUUCAACAUAGAGAAUGGAAGCUUUGGGACGCAUUACAACCUUGAUCAUUCACAUAACCAUAUGCCACCUUCAAUUUGGAUAGUGCCAACUGUGUUAGGAAAGUGA